CAUCACCACAUUUCCUGUUUGUAACUGAACAAAGUACACACAAAAGAUUUUGAGACACAGAAGAGAGAAAACUGAGGUACAAAGACACACUUUACUAGCACACUGCUUCUAAAAUACCAGAACAACUUGGAAAAAAAAGUUUGUGGGGGCAUUUUUAAUCCACACAUUUGCCUCAUGGCUACAUAAGGAUUUCUCUGACAAGGGAAGCAUGUCAGGAAACUCUGAAUGUCAGUUUUAUGCCUGGAUAAUUGUAGCCUUUUUGGGGUUAGCUCUGGUUGUAUCACUGAUCUUCAAUAUUUCCCACUAUGUGGAAAAGCAGCGACAAGAUAACAUGUACAGGUACUCUGAAGACUACAUUCCCAGGGAGGAUGAGUAUUACAUUGAAGACACACCAAUUUAUGGUAACUUAGAUGCCAUAGUCCCAGAACCAGUGGAUGAAAAUUGCUAUGAACAAAUGAAAGCUCGACCAGAGAGAUAUACAAAUGAACUGCAAGAAGCCACCCCACCUGCACAGGCAACUGAGGAACCACAGAUGUUCUAUGCCUCACUGCAUCACAACUGUGAGGGGAAGCGCAGGAAGCCCAGGGAAGAGAAUAGUUAUUUGUUAGACAAGGAUGAAGAUAAGCAGUUACAUGCUGUGGAUGCCAGCCUUUCUAAGACCACUUCGGUAAACAGUUUCCCGCUUGAGAGCCAGGAAAUAGAGGAAAAUGUUCAUGAUGAUCCCAUCAGACUGUUUGGAUUGAUUCAUGCAAAGAGAGAAUCUAUAAAUUAGCUGGGCUAUGAUCUAGCUCAAUAAUCCCACUCUUAUUGGAGAUGUUAAGAAAAAAAAUCCCUAGAUGACACAAGAUCUGGGAGAGUGACGAUCUAAAUUAUUUGUUAGUGGGAUGGUGGCUUACCUCUUAUCCAGAGCUUAUGUUCUUGCAAACCAAAUGUAAUGCCAUGAAAAUUAGUUAUUUGAAUUUGCUUACCAAAUGCCUAAGUAGUAAAAUGUAAAAUAAAAUCAAAUUUGCAAAUUGAACCUAAUUACAAGGUCACAACUUCACCAACCAUACUUAAUACUCUGUAAAAUAAAACGAAAAAAAAUGUUUUAAGCAUAAGUAUACUCUAGAACAUGUUGAAAGAAAAAUAAAAGCCACCUUUUAAAAAAAAUUUUUCCUUUUCAUCCGUGGAACACCCCUUAAUUGAAAGAAAUUUCUGACUGAAAGACAUGGGACAUUAAAUAUAUUUCUACAAGAAGUGGAAGAGUCUUCUUAAGAAGUAUUGUUCCCAAACGGAAGUAUCUUUAUUGCUUUUUAGAAUUGUUAUAAAGUUAAUGCAUGCUCCUUAUAACAAUAAACAAAUAUAAAAAAGAA